GAAUAUGAAAUAUAGUGAUUCGUGUGCAUAUGUCAAAAUUUUAUUGUAGUUUAUCACGAUUAGUUAUCUGUGUGCAAUAAGUAUAGGUGUUUAAUAAAAAAUUAUACACAAGACUUUUAUGGACUAUGCAGGAAUUUUCUUAUGUGUUAUCAGAGUACGAGGAAAUAAAUCCUCUUCUUUAUAAGCCUAUCAAUUCAACUCAACGAAUCAAGUAUACAUGUUUCAACAUAUCCCCCAGCUAUAUUAUAUUGGGUUCAACUAGUGGCAGUAUUUAUUUAUUCUCAAGGAAACCAUGCUCCUUCAUACAAUUGAUACCCUUAUCGGAAGGCAUAGUGUCCCGUAUUCUCAUAUCACCCGAUGAGAAAACAAUAGCCUUAACAACAACUCGUGGUAUAAUUUGUCUGGUAGCCUUAAAACCAGUGUUAAAAUUAAUAGCCAUAUCAACUGAAUAUGUUCGCAAAAAUAUUAACUGUCUUUGUUGGAAUGAUAAUAGCUGUGAAAUUUAUGUUGGAGAUGGAAAUGGACGGGUUUCUGUUAUUGUGCUAUCUAUUUUUACGGUUAAUGGUAUCUUUCAAGCACCAGCCUGUACCCUAAUGAAUUUAGAUUCAUCCAUUGUACAACUUACUUUUUCAUCACCUUUGCUAUUGGUGUCAACAUUGACUCGAUGUUACAUAUGUGAUACAAUACAAGAACAAUAUAAGCAAGUCGGAAAUAAAGCACGAAAUGGAGAAUUUGGUGCUUGUUUUUAUAAAACAUAUCCUACAGAAAAUAAGAGUGCUCCAAUUAACCAAAAAGAAGGAAAGUUAGUCAAUAAAAAAGGUUUUUUUAAUUUCAUUGCUGAGGCUAAUAGUAAGGUGCAAGAGGAAAAUUUUCCUCAAAUCUUUUGUUCUCGACCAGGAUCUAGGCUUUGGGAAGUAGCUGCAAAUGGAACUGUGAUAAAAACUCAUCAGUUUAAAGAAGCGCUUGCGAUUGCACCUACAACAAUAUGUAAACCAAAUAUUAGAAAAUCCAAUUAUCAAAAGCACACAGAACAAACUUGGUUGCCACAGUCUAUUAAUUUUUCCCAUCUAUUUGUCAUAGCAAAGAAGUAUUUAUUUUCAUAUACUUCUACUGGCCUAUAUAUCAUUGAUCCUAUAACUGCAACUGUAGUGCUAUGGAAUAAUGAAUUUUCAAAUAUAAGUUUUGUAGAAACUAUAGAGAACAAGAUAUAUUUGAUGACUUCUGGUGGGGAAUUCCACUGUUUAGUUUUAUGUUCCUUAGAUUCUUUAAUAUUACAACUAUAUAAUAAGAAAAAAUAUUAUGAAUGUUUAGAAAUAUGCCUCAUGUAUAAAGUACAAUUAAAGAAAGUAGUAAAUAAUACUAAAAUUAAUAAUAUUUGUGAUAUAGAGAUUAAGUUGCAAAUAUUUAGAGAUGACGAGUUAUCAACGUUAUUGUAUCCUUUAAUAAUGUUACUAGAAUCUAAUUUAAAGAUAACUCCAAAAAAGUUAGAUUCGGGUAUCGUAGUCGUUAAUUAUGGAAAGUCAAGCCUAAAAGGCGAGGAAAAUUGUAUAUUUCAUUCAGCAUCUCAUUGUUCUCUGCAAAAUAAUGAAAAUCUUUUUGAAACCGAAUUAGAGGCAGAGAAAGAAACAUCAACCAAUUUAUUAAAUGAUUUUGAUAAUAAAGUGAUAGAGGAUGAAGAUACAAAUUGCAAUACAGCAAAAGAAAUAGUAGUAGCACAAAAUGCGGAGUUAUCAGUAACCAAAGAAGAGCUGAAUUCAAACAAAAAUGUAACACAUAAAAUACAAGUAGAUCUGGAAGCUAUAUAUGCAUUAGUCAGUAAUAUUAAGUCUUCAAUGGACGAAGAAGAAUUAGAAAAAAUAAUUUUGGAUAUAGAUUGGAAAAUGGAUGUUAUUAAAGACUCAUAUGAAAACUUAGUUGAAUUAAAAAACUUCUUAUAUGAAGUAUUAAGAAGUGUAGAACUAUAUUAUUUUAAUGCUCUACUAGAAAAUAUUUCAAUACAACUGAUACAAUCUACAGAUAAUGAAAAUAUUAUUAAACAAAUAAUGAAAGCUUUUAUUAAUGUGAAUGCUCAAAAUUGUAGAAGAUGUACCUGUAGUAAUCCAUACCCAACUGAUGAACUAUCAGAACCAAAGUUCCUGGGGUUUGGUACAGCCCUUCUUAAAAAAAUGCUAAAUGAAAAUAAGGAAGAAUGUAUAAAUUUAUGUAACAAAGUACCUUAUAUGUGGCGAGACUAUUUGCCACUAUACACAGAACGACAUGGUAUACUAAUGAAUGAUAUACUGCGUCAAUGUCUUCAAACUAGAGAUAAUAUUGUACUUUCCAUUCUUUUACCUUUAUUGGAUGGAAAUCACUGGAAGACUGUAGCAACAUAUGCAAAAGAAAUACAAGAGGGACAGUGUUUGUUCUGUGGAAAGUCUAUAAAAAAGGGAAAUCGCGAAGAAUCGAUAAACUGGACUGUUGUGAUAUAUGAAAUCAUAAAAAGACAGGGACCUGACAUUGCCAUGACACUACUAAUAAAGUUAGAAAAAGCUAUUUCUAAUGUACCUAUUGAUAUAAGUAUAUUUCAAUCAUUAAUAUUUACAAAGCUAAUAUAUCGACAUGGAAUGAAGUGUACUAUAAAUUUUAACAAAAGUAAUAUGGAAUCAUCUCAAUAUAAUACAAUAUGUUCUACUCAGAUUCAAAAUCAAUUGGUUAAAGUUCUUGAAAAAGAUUUAAGUCAACCAAUUAAUAAAAAUAUUUUCGAGAAUGGACCGCAUCAUUGGGGAAUGAAUUAUCAGAAUAAAUUAUCUACAUGUCCUUGCUGCACGUUGUCCCUUCAAACACCGGUUCUAUUAGGUAACAAUGGAAUCGCAAUAUUUGAUUGCGGUCACGCUUAUCACGUAAAUUGUAUAAUAGAAAAGAAACUUACAGCCUGUACCCUUCAUUCCUAAUUAUACAUGUACGAACAUAAAUAAAUCUGGUUACAAGAUUUGUUAAAAUGAUUUUCAAAAGGUAAAG